CGCGGGAAAUGGCUUCGCGCCGUAAAGAGGCCGCAGACUCCUCCGACGAGCAGCUCUGGGCGGCCGUACGCGGCUUGUCAGAUGCGGAGCUGCGCGAUAUACAGAAGGGUAUCCGUUGCUUCCACUGCGCUGAUGGUUCCGCGCUCUUCUCGAGCUCGGAGAAUCCCGGUAGCGCUAACAAUGUAGCCAUCCCGUUGCAGCUCGGCGGCAAGACGCAGCACGUGCGCGUGGACGACUUCGUGCACGUAUUUCUAGACUUUCUGCAUCGGCAAGUGCAGGUCCACGUCGACGCGCGGAUUUCCAGCGACGUGGUGACGUCUACCGCCAAAGACUCGAGCCCAACCAACAUGGCUGCAUCUGAUAACAUGGCUACAGUAGCCACUUUCGACGAGGAGUUCCCACAGUUGACGCCGAAUACCGCAUCGAAAACUACCAAGCGCAGGAUCACCACCACUUUGUUAACGCCUAAGGACUCGACAAUUGUGACUCGACCUGUUCCUGCUGCCAUUUCCUUCCCACCUGUAGGGGUAUCCGAGAGCACACGACCUCCGGCUUGGGCCAAACGUUCACUACUGGAGAAGCGCAUGGGUGCAGGGUCGCCAGCUCCGUCAGCCUGGGGGCCUAAACCGAGUGCUUCAAAGCCUGCAACGACCUCAGCAAUAGUAAAGAAGAACCUGGAGCCUGAUAGAACGAAGAUGGCUACAUUACGACCUCAACUUCAAGUGAGGAAAAAGUCAACUUCGAACCAAGUGACACAUUUACAACAAGAACCUUCCAAACACAAGCUGACAUCAAACCAAAAGGAAGUCCCGACAGUCCCUACGACAGCGACCAAGAAGCAAACCACCUCUGAGACAGAUGCCAGUGUAGCCAUCUCCUCAGCUGAUUACCAGGUCAACAAACAGGCAGCCAAGUUGUACGGCUUCCUCAUCAGAGAACGCUUUGUCAAGUCCACCUGUGCUGAGCUGCAAGUCCUCAUCAGUCUCCUGUAUCGCGCAGACUGCACGUCCUGCACAAGUAACGCGUCUGAGUUUUGCUGGCGUAGCCAUUGUCUCGACUUCGCUGAGAUCGCCUUCCACGAGAUCGAAUCCGUGUUAAAACACUUGGGCGCUGACCUUCUAGGCCUCGUGAAACAGAGCUUACGUGACGCAGAGGGCAUUUGCCAGGACAUGUUGGAGCGUCUGGACUGCGACUCUCGACGUCGUGAGGAGCUCCGGGUGGCUGAAAGCGCUCGAAUCGGCUGCCACCUGCCAGUCGAGAUGAAAGCCAGCGCUGUACGUGACUUUGCGCUGCCAUUUAACGAGGAAACAGACUCGCGUUUACACUACCGGACGCCCGCAGAGUCUCUGCUCUACACUAAUCGGGAGAAGGUCCGGGACGGCUUUUUGAGUCUACUGCGGCAAUUCCAGCAGCAACAACACAGCUUAGUCGGUAUCGAGAACGCUGGAGUGGCAGUAGCAGCCAUCGCAACAGCACGGGAGUUGUUAGCGGACGUAUCGCCAGAGAACAGAUGGUGGUUCGCGAAGUUCUUCGUCCAGGAGCUGGUCCAGGUGGGCUCCAACCCGUUUGGAGAGAGCGAUAAAGACCUCGUCUUGAAGAUUAUGGAGGACAAACUCGUCGUCAAGAACCCGGACCGGUUGCCCAAACUGCAUCGACGUUUUUCGAGUCAAAAACCAGUCAACAAAUCGCCUCAAUCUACUAACAAGAGUGGGAAAGUUACCAACUCGUUACGUAAAACGCGACAAGAAGUUAAAACGAAUUCGACCGAGGACGCGACCAAGAGCUUCACGGCCACGUUGGAGCGCAUGAAGCGCUACUUUACGGACAACCAGCUCUUCUUCUUCCACUUUUUACACAGCUGCGACAGCUACGAGUUCUCGGAACUGGUCAAGCAUCAGUUGGAGCGUCAGUUCUACGCCAUUCGCGACGCUGUUUCGCCCUCUACAGACGCUCGCAAGGACUUUACCGAGGUGGUGUUGCGACUCAAAGUGGUGGGGAAGUUUCUGGGUUAUCUUCGGUUCUCUCCUCAAUGGCAAGUGACGUCUUCGAUCCGCAAACUUUCCGCUCAGAACGCCGCGUUCCAAGCUGUGGAAAGAGAGGGGAUUAGUACACUGGAAGUGGCUCGAGACGCCAGUCUGGACGUCAAGAGGUUGCUGGAAGACAGUAUUCGAAACGUAGCCAUCUCCAAGUGUAUCCCUUGGUUAUGCGACUAUCUGUCCAUGCUGUCGCUGGAUAGAUUAUCUUCGGGGACGACGUACUUCAAGCAGCUUAUGGUGUUACUGCAGCUUCUGUAUCGCUCGCCACGAUUGAAUGCUCUGGGCGAGACGGGGCUCUACAUCGCCCUGCAGAUCCAGCGGAUCUUCCGCGUGUUACACUUAGAAGAUGGCUUCAUUCAUACCAGUGACUACCAAUCUAAAGACCUACAGCCAUCACAAGAGAUCCGUGACGCACUUGCACUUAAGGACGAAGCCCUGGGACCUGGAGAAGACCAGUUGCCGUUCCUAUACAGCCAAGUGUUCGUCCAGAGCUGCGUCAGUGAACUGGACGAUCUCCGAGGCUUCAUCCAGACUCGAGCACAGCCGAUUCCUCGCAGGAAACUCUCGAUUGGCUCUGGAUCGACGACAACAGGCCACGGCGUGACUCCGAUCCGUAAGCUGCGACCUCUACAGGUCGUAAUCGAAGACGACACGUCCUCACUCACUGCGAAGCAUGAUACCGCUGUCGUUCCAGCGGUUAAAUUGCCUUCGACAGGUAAUUUUCCACCCGUGCAGGAAGAGAACGAUAAGUUGUCAGAGGCAGUGUUCAAGGUGCAUCCCAAGUUGAAAGCUGUUGUGGAUUUCGUGGUCGCAAACGUGACCACAGACGUGUGUGAGCAUGUGGUGACCCACAUCGUCACCCCUCGAGCGGAUGUUCUGGUCGAUCGGUGCGCGUCCGAGAGCGGUUUAAGGAAGAAUACGUCGGUGUUGACUGAAGACGCGGCGUUCGCUGCUCGAGCUUCGUUCCAGAUGCUGAUCACGUCCAAGACUCGACAUGAGGCGAACGCGGCGGUCUUCGCAGCUCUGGAGGAAGCUCUGCGGCUCGGAGAGGAGCGAGUGAGUGCUGCUGUGCCUCCAUUCAUGCCUCCGUCGUCACAUCCGACACUGACCAGUUCGAUUGUGUACGUGGCGAUGCAACGCACACGAGGAGCACUCAAGACUUUGGUGCCCAAGAGCUCGCAGACCGAGUUCGUCAAGCGUGUAGCGUUCCGAAACAAGAGUCUUCUGAAAGAUCUCGGCUCCGCUUCCAAGGCUACACUGCAGCCUACUACGAACCAGGAAGAGCAAGACAAGCAGGCUGACUGUCGAGAACUGAGAAGACUUGGCGCUGAAAUGUCGAGGAAUUUGAGUCAAGGAUCCAGUCUGAAGGACUGGGAAGAUCAAGCUGCUGCACUUUUGCAGAGCUUAUCGCAGUUCACCAGUUUGUUGGACGAGUGUGUGUCCAGAGACUUGACGCGUGAUGCGUGUUUGUUACGGAGCCAGACGCUGGUGUAUUGGGAUAUCGUUUGGCGUGGUGUCACUUCAUGCGUAAAGUUUCUGAGUUCUUCGCUGGAUGUGUUCGCUACGUGUGAGUUGUCGUCGAUGAAAGACGACCGCGUGGAGAGCGUUGAAAAGACGCUACUGCAGUUAGUUACUGGGUUUUCCAAGCUGCUUGAAGUGGUCGUGCGCUCAGCUGGCGAUGAUGUUACGGUGUCUCGUGUGCAGCGUGUGCUUGUGUAUGUGAUGGAUAGUGUGAUGGAGGUGCCUUCUAAACUCGCUAUAGUGUCGGGUGAUGCUGGUCUGGUUGAACGAUUCGCAGUCAGGACAAACGCACUUGUCGUUGCUAAACUUCGAGCAGUUGUGUCAAAGUUUGAGGGUGGAGACAAAUGUCGAGUUGAACUGAACUGGGACAAAUGGAUAGAAGCUCGAGACUCACUAGAGCUCAAUAGUGAACUCCAGUUUCGACGAAAUGUGUGGGACGCCGCCACAAUAGCAACCGCAGCAGUGUAAAGGAACACUUACUUACACAAUAGAUUCAUGAAGUAAACGGUUAGUAGACAAUUUUGAC